UAGCUCAGGGCCAGUCUUCCUCAGCAAAAAGAGGAGGAUUGGCAGAUGUUAGCUCAGGGCUAAUCUUCCUCACCAAAAAAAAAAAAGAAAUAAGUGUGUCUAGGACCCAUCAGGUCCCUGCAUCCUAAUGGCUCAUCUCUGGGGCAGAAUGUUGACCGAUUCCCACAGAGGCAGCCCCAAACAUACAUACCCAGACAGGUCCACCUGGAGACAGAGCUGAAGUCUGUGCUCCAAUAAGAAUGGGGCUGAGCUGCAUUAAUCAUCACUGACCACAGGCCUCUCCUGCUGGAAGAAGGGAAGCAUUCAGAUCUAAAAGCUCUUAGUCCAAAGGCAUUGGGUUGGUCUGUGAAACAUAUUUGUUGUGAAGCAAAAGAUGGUUUGGAAACCCACUGACAGCUUUCCCUGCAAACAUACUUGCACACACAUGUAGACAUACCACUUCCUGCUCAGAGUGAGUAUAGGCACCUGUUUGCAGGGAAUGUUUUAAAAUGGAGCUCAUCACAGCAAGAAAUGGAGCCAACUAAUUGUUUCAGAAAAACUCAGACCCUUCUGGGACUCUCUUUAGCACUCAGUGAUCAGUUAAGACUCGGUGCCCCUUUGAUAGGGUGGAAUAUAGGGUUCUUGUCUCAGAGGCCUUUGGCUCCCUCUAACAUCUAUCGAGAACCAGGGCUUGAGCCACUGCCUGUCAGCACGGCUGCCCCAAGGUGUCCAGAUAUUCUGCUCUCUGCUGUUUUGUCAGGCAGACGAUUUGAGAUGAUCUUGGGGGUCACAUUGAUGUUAGGCGUGGACCAUGGCAUGUCCUCAAUAUAGGAUUGGGCGUCAGAGUAACAAGGACUCCUAAGUCUGUAGCCUCUGCAGUCAUAGAGGCAUGGACUGUUGGAGUGGGAGGGGCCCACACACCACGGAGCCUGACCUCAGUUUACCAGUUAAUGGGAGAUCUGCCCAUUUGGUUCAAUGGUCUGAGCAUAAAUGUCCUCUAGGGAAGACUUGCCUGGUGCCCGGAGCAGGCUGAGGCCUCUUCACAGCCCCUUUCCCGGCACCCUGCACUGGCCUUUCGUGUUUGUCAUUUAAGUGUCUGUAAGGUUAUUCAUUGUCUCUCUUUCCCACCAGUUCCAGGAGAACAGGGACCAUAUCUCUCUGUGCACUGCUGUCUCCAUUCCCCACCUUAGUUUUGAAGUGAAUGCAUGAAUGCCUUGAAUGCUGCUAGCAAGCAUUUGAGACCUCACUAUGUGGUGCUACACUAAGGAUGCAGUCAGGGGGAGCCCUCCGAGAGCUUGCAGCAUGAUGUGAGAGACAGGGUGUGCUUACUGAACCACCUCCAGGGCCACCGCCAUGUCGAGCCGGGGUGGGAAGAAGAAGUCCACCAAAACCUCCCGGUCCGCCAAGGCAGGAGUCAUUUUCCCUGUGGGGCGGAUGCUGCGGUACAUCAAGAAAGGCCACCCCAAGUACAGGAUUGGAGUGGGGGCACCCGUGUACAUGGCCGCCGUCCUGGAGUACCUGACAGCGGAGAUUCUGGAGCUGGCUGGCAACGCGGCGAGAGACAACAAGAAGGGACGGGUCACGCCCCGGCACAUCCUGCUGGCCGUGGCCAAUGACGAAGAGCUAAAUCAGCUGCUAAAAGGAGUCACCAUAGCCAGUGGGGGUGUGUUACCAAACAUCCACCCCGAGUUGCUAGCGAAGAAACGAGGAUCCAAAGGGAAGUUGGAAGCCAUCAUCACGCCACCCCCAGCCAAAAAGGCCAAGUCUCCAUCUCAGAAGAAGCCCGUGUCUAAGAAAGCAGGAGGCAAGAAAGGGGCCCGGAAAUCCAAGAAGAAGCAGGGGGAAGUCAGCAAGGCAGCCAGCGCCGACAGCACGACCGAGGGCACGCCCGCCGACGGCUUCACGGUCCUCUCCACCAAGAGCCUCUUCCUCGGCCAGAAGCUGAACCUUAUUCACAGUGAAAUCAGUAAUUUAGCCGGCUUUGAGGUGGAGGCCAUAAUCAAUCCUACCAAUGCUGACAUUGACCUUAAAGAUGACCUAGGAAACACGCUGGAGAAGAAAGGUGGCAAGGAGUUUGUGGAAGCUGUUCAGGAACUCCGGAAAAAGAACGGGCCCUUGGAAGUAGCUGGAGCCGCUGUCAGUGCAGGCCAUGGCCUGCCCGCCAAGUUUGUGAUCCACUGUAACAGUCCAGUCUGGGGUGCUGACAAGUGUGAGGAACUUCUGGAAAAAACAGUGAAAAACUGCUUGGCCCUGGCAGAUGAUAAGAAGCUGAAGUCCAUCGCAUUUCCAUCCAUUGGCAGCGGCAGGAACGGUUUUCCGAAGCAGACGGCGGCUCAGCUGAUUCUGAAGGCCAUCUCUAGUUACUUUGUGUCAACAAUGUCCUCUUCCAUCAAAACAGUAUAUUUUGUGCUUUUUGACAGCGAGAGUAUAGGCAUCUACGUGCAGGAAAUGGCCAAGCUGGAUGCCAACUAGGCGGAGGAACUACAGAACCAGCCCGCACCGUGUCCCCCGCCUCCAGCUGAAAGAAAGAAAAAAAAAAAAAUCCCCUUCACUCCUCUUGGGAGGCGGGAACCCUUUCAUUUUCAAUUUUGCUCAUCUAGGGAAAAUAAGGUUUUGGUUUCCAGUUUAAUUGUUUUUGACCUUCUAAAAUGUUUUUACGUUAGCACUGAUAGUUGGCAUUACUGUUGUUAAGCACUGUGUUCCAGACCGUGUCUGACUUUAGUGUAACCUAGGAGAUUUUAUAGUUUUAUUUUAAUGAAAUCCCGCUUGACGCAGAGCAGCGGGGAGAGCAGUGUCCUCUACAUGUGGCAGAAUCCAGGAAGCCCAUUUUGUAACCGUGUGUUGUGGUGCUUUAUCGUACACUCAGUGGCGUUCUUUUUACUAUAAUGUUCCUUUUUUUUUCUCAAGAAGAAAGAUCAUGAAUUUGCAGCAGACUUAAUUUUUGUUUACUUUUUGUCUUAAUGAUGGAUUUGAAAAUGAAAGAUUUAAAAGGCAGAACAGAAUCUGUUGUCCUUAAUUAUAUUUGCAAUUUGGAAUUUGUGUGAAUUGAUUUAGUAAAAUGUUAAAAUGUU